GGCAUCUCCCUAAAGUUGGCCAUGGAAACUUGCAGUGUAUAAUUUCACAGCUCACAUCAUUCACAUACUUGCAUGUCAUUAUCUUUUCCCUCAUGGACGUGAUCACUGUUGCUCUGCUUCUUGCUUCAAUCUUCUUCCGUAAAGGAGCUGAUGCCAGUAUCGGGGUGAACUAUGGCACGGUCGCGAAUGACCUUCCUCCACCGGCCCAAGUGGCCAAAUUCCUAUUACAGUCCACGCUGGUCAAUCGGGUUCGGCUCUUUGACACGAACCCGGAAAUCCUCAAAUCCUUUGCUCACACCGGAAUCGAGGUUUCGGUCACCGUCCCGAAUGAUCUCAUCCCCCAGCUCACCAAGUUCAGCUUUGCCCAACAAUGGGUCCGGACUAAUAUCCAGCCUCACGUUCCCUCCACGAACAUAGUUCGAAUUUUGGUGGGAAACGAGGUACUGGCCACGGCGAGCAAGCUGUUGAUCAGCAGCUUGGUGAGUGCAAUGCAGACGCUACAUGUUGCGCUUGUGGAUGCGUCCCUGGACCGUCGGAUCAAGAUCUCGACUCCGCAUUCCCUUGGGAUUCUGUUGAGCUCGACCCCGCCCGGGGCCGGGAAGUUUCGGCGAGGCUAUGACACACACGUGCUCCGGCCGCAGCUCAGCUUCCUUCGGGCCACCGGAUCAGACUUCCUGGUGAAUCCGUACCCAUUCUUCGGGUGCUCUCCGGAGACUCUCGAUUACGCCGUCUUCAGGCCCAACCCGGGGGUUUUUGAUGAAACUACCGGGCUCCAUUACACCAACAUGUUGGAUGCACAGCUCGACGCAGUCUACUCAGCGAUGAAGCUCUUAGGAUUCGAUGAUGUUGGAAUCGUUAUAGCAGAGACCGGGUGGCCCUCGAAGGGCGACUCAUCUCAGAUUGGUGUCGACCCGAACACUGCGAGGGAGUACAACAUGAAUCUGAUUCGGCACGUGAAUUCUGGAGCUGGCACGCCUCUGAUGCCGAACAGGACGUUCGAGGCGUAUAUUUUCGCAUUAUUCAACGAAGAUCUCAAGCCCGGACCUACUUGCGAGCGGAAUUUCGGUCUUUUCCAGCCCGACUUAACUCCAGUUUACGAUGUUGGGAUCUUACGGCCCUCGGCCAGAGCAUCGAUCCCGGGCUCCAACCCGACUCCAGAGCCUGCGACACCGGUGCCACCGCAGACCCCAUCGGGGUGGAAGCGGUGGUGCCUGCCUAAAACGGGAGUGGACCCGGACGCUCUGCAGAGAAACCUCGACUACGUGUGUGGGCUAGGCAUGGACUGUGGCCCGAUCCAGGAAGGUGGCCCAUGCUUCAAGCCCGACACUGUCCAUGCCCACGCCGCGUAUGCGAUGAACAUGUACUACCAAGAGAACGGGAAAAACGAUUACGACUGCGAUUUUGAAGGAACCGGUUCGAUUACAACUGUGGAUCCAAGUUAUGGAAAAUGCAAGUAUUGACGGCAUGGCUGUCAAUGCGGACGAAGCCUCUUGAAGAUCAAAAUAAACAAUUGAUGGAUCUUAUUUCUUUGAAAAGAAAAUGUGGGAAAAAUUUAGAAAUGCUUUUUCUUCAAUGAGUUCAAUUUAGAAAAUAUUGUUUGGAGUUAGGAAAAAAAUAGUAUGAGAAAGAGAAUAUUAUUAGAAAUUGAUACCAUGUUUCAUGUAACUCUUAUACAAUUACACGGACAAGAUAGUAAAUGAAAAAUAGGGAUGUUAUAACUA